CUCCUUGAAGAGUGUCCUUCAGUCCUGUCGGUGCCCGAGCACGUCACUGCCGUGAACGUCCUUCCGUGUCCUCCCGAUCCAAGUCAUUCUUACUUUGACGCACUCUGUGCAAAGAGCAACGAGAGCCUGUUAAACUCAAGCAUCCUUAACCAUGUCUGAGCCACUGAGAGUCCUGAUCACUGGAGCUGCCGGACAGAUCGCUUAUUCCCUACUCUACAUGGUGGGGAAGGGAGAUGUCUUUGGACCAAAUCAACCUCUUACCCUCAUUAUGCUUGAUAUUCCUCCAAUGAUGGCCGUCAUGGAAGGAGUUGUCAUGGAACUCAAUGACUGUGCUCUUCCCCUUGUUCGAGGCAUUGUGGCAACAGCUGACGAGGAUGUGGCUUUCAAGGACAUUGAUGCAGCAUUCCUUGUAGGAGCCAUGCCACGAAAGGAAGGCAUGGAAAGAAAAGAUCUUCUUGCUGCAAAUGUUAAGAUCUUCAAGUCACAGGGUAAGGCAUUGGAUAAACAUGCUAAGAAGAAUGUGAAGGUGCUGGUGGUGGGGAAUCCGGCAAACACAAAUGCUCUGAUUUGCUCCAAGUAUGCACCCUCUAUUCCCAAGGAAAACUUCUCUGCCAUGACUAGGCUGGACCAAAACAGAGGACAAGCACAGAUUGCUGGGAGGCUCAAGGUUCCCAUUGAUCAUGUGAAGAAUGUUGUCAUCUGGGGUAACCAUUCAUCAACCCAGUUCCCUGAUGUAACUCAUGCCACAGUUGUGAUUGGAGGAUCUGAGAAGAAAGUCUAUGAUGCCAUCAAUGAUGAGACCUGGCUCAAGGGUGAUUUCAUCAGUACUGUGCAAAAGCGUGGUGCAGCAGUGAUAGCAGCCAGGAAGUUGUCAUCGGCCAUGUCUGCUGCCAAGGCGGCCUGUGAUCACAUGAGAGAUUGGUUCCAAGGCACUCCAGAGGGGAAAUGGGCAUCUAUGGGUAUCUAUUCUGAUGGCUCCUAUGGGGUUGCCAAGGAUGUCAUGUAUUCCUUCCCAGUUACCAUCCAGAAUGGGCAAUGGAAAAUUGUUCAGGGUCUGCCAGUUGAUGAUUUUGCUCGAGCCAAGAUGGAUCUCACCGCAAAGGAGUUGUGCGAGGAGCGCGACGAUGCUCUUAAAGUGUGCGAGGCUUGACUAGAAAUGUCCACUGGAAAGUCCAGUGUGAGGUCGCAGUUGUAGUGUGUGCUUUGGUUUGACCUCUCUUGCCUAGUCCCUUUACCUCCCAGCCCCUGUCAUUGUGGCUUUUGGGUCGUGCAUCGUCCCGUUGGCAUUUGUAGUGCUGCUCUGUGCUGGGAAAAAAAAUUGCUGUGUCAUGCUUUGUCUCAUGAACAACUUUUCAUUCUCCUCUUUCAAAUCUUUGCUUAUGUGUAUUAUGCCUCACUGCCCAUAUCUUCAAUAUAGGAAUCCAUUUGAUACAAAGAGGUAUUGGUUGUGCUGCAGGUCUCCAUUCUUUUUACAUAUUUUUAGUUUCGUAUGAGCAUGCGUUCGAUUGUGAUGUAUGGUUUCCCUUUCUUUUGAAAUGUUCAUUGUAGAUCUGGUCAGUGUGUAUUCUAUCAUGUGCAAUCGGAAGACAGUGGUUUUAUUCAUUACAUUGGCCAGAAUUUGGGCAUGUGUAAUAGCUAAAAUUGGGAAAGUUGUGACUGGCAACUAUUCUGUAUAUAUGAUUUGGCUGCCAGGAAAUUUAAGAAGCUCUUAAUGGGAAUAAUAGGUGGAGACCAGUGAAGCCUGAUGGUGGAUAUCUUGUGAAUAAUGCAGUGGUAUGUUGUUCAUGACAUUGGUUGGAUCAGGGGCAUUAGAAUAAACAAGUCCUCAGCCAUG